CAGCAGCAGAAGCAGCAGCAGCAGCAGCAGCAGUCACAGUCAGCAGCAGCCCUGGGUCCCGCGGCGCCUCUCGCCCCGCCGCCUUCCGCACUGCCUGACCCGGCCGGCGAGCCCUCCUGCCGCCAGCCCCGCCAGCGCCCUCAGUCGUCCUCCGACUCGCCCUCGGCCUUGCGCGCCAGCCGCAGCCCGAGCCGCAACACCACCCGCAGUCUGAGUCCGGGCCGUCGGCUCAGCCCCAGCUCGCUCCGCCGCCGCUGCUGCUCGUCCCGGCACCGGCGCCGCACCGACACCCUGGAGGUGGGGAUGCUCCUGUCCAAGAUCAACUCCCUGGCCCACCUGCGCGCAGCGCCUUGCAACGACCUGCACGCCAACAAGCUGGCGCCGGGCAAAGAGAAGGAGCCCCUGGAGUCGCAGUACCAGGUGGGCCCGCUGUUGGGCAGCGGUGGCUUCGGCUCGGUCUACUCGGGCAUCCGCGUCGCCGACAACUUGCCGGUGGCCAUCAAGCACGUGGAGAAGGACCGGAUUUCCGAUUGGGGGGAACUGCCCAACGGCACCCGAGUGCCCAUGGAAGUGGUCCUGCUGAAGAAGGUGAGCUCGGGCUUCUCGGGCGUCAUUAGACUUCUGGACUGGUUCGAGAGGCCCGAUAGUUUCGUGCUGAUCCUGGAGAGGCCCGAACCCGUACAAGACCUCUUCGACUUCAUCACGGAGCGAGGAGCCCUCCAGGAGGAGCUGGCCCGAAGCUUCUUCUGGCAGGUGCUGGAGGCCGUGCGGCAUUGCCACAACUGCGGGGUUCUCCACCGCGACAUCAAGGACGAGAACAUCUUAAUCGACCUGAACCGCGGCGAACUCAAACUCAUCGACUUCGGGUCGGGGGCGCUGCUCAAGGACACAGUCUACACGGACUUUGACGGAACCCGAGUGUACAGUCCUCCAGAGUGGAUUCGCUACCAUCGCUACCACGGCAGGUCGGCUGCUGUCUGGUCCCUGGGGAUCCUGCUCUAUGACAUGGUCUGCGGAGAUAUUCCAUUUGAGCACGACGAAGAGAUCAUCAAGGGCCAAGUGUACUUCAGGCAAAGGGUCUCUUCAGAAUGUCAACAUCUUAUUAGAUGGUGCCUGUCCCUGAGACCAUCGGACCGGCCCUCCUUUGAAGAAAUCCAGAACCAUCCGUGGAUGCAGGAUGUUCUCCUGCCCCAGGCCACCGCCGAGAUUCAUCUGCACAGCCUGUCACCGUCACCCAGCAAAUAGCAGCCAUUCUGUCAGACCCUCCAGGGAGGAGAGAGCUUGUCUGCUGGCCUCCAACAGGACCCUGCUCUACGAUGCAGGGACAGAAAUGACAACUCAUUCCAGGCUUCGGGGGUCCCUGGAGCAACCUCCCUCAAGGAGAAGAGACUACUUCACUCGUCCUGGACCCCGCUUUGCCCCUCACAGACUCAGUGGCGUCCAGUGUGGCUGGGCUACGCAGAAUCCCGGGUGUUGGGGGGGAGGUGGGAGUGGGUCAGAACCCUGUCAUGGAACUUUAGUCACCAUGGAGACUGUGGGUCACCAAGAUGGGCCAGGGUAGGGGAAAAACAUUUGGGGGGUGGGAUUAAAAACUAGCACCAUAUUUAAGUCCCUGUCACCUCUUCCAACUCCUCCGAGUGCCUUCUGUGGGGACUCUUGUCUGUGCUGGGAGAAAUACUUGAACUUACCUCUUAACCUGCUGCUUCUCAAAUUCUGCCUGGGUUUGCUUCCUUCUCCCUCUUCCCAUCCCCCCCCACUUCCUACAAAAGGUGCCAUGGGAGAGGCUACAGGGCCAACCGCUGAGCCACCUGCCCUUUUUUUUUCUGCCUCCUUUAGUAAAAUUCCCAAGUGAACUGGGUCUUCCUUUUUGGUUUCAGACUUAAAAAAAUACCGUUUCAAAGCCAAGACCUCACACAGAAACCCGCACAACCAAUGCAACAACCAGACAAGCUGUAAAUGUGUGUAUAGUCCGGCAUGGUAGCCUGCGAAAGGAUUGUAGAUAACCGUUUUAAAGGAAAAAAAAAAAGCCUUUAAGUUAUUUUAUGUGUUGUGAAGAGAGGGGUUGGUUUGGGUUGUUUUUUUUUUUUGUUUUUUCUUUUUUUGGUUUCUUUGUUUUGCUUGUUCCUUUUUUUUUUUUUUUUUUUUUUUUUGAAAGAUGGCGCCUUCGAGCCUGGAAGUCCGAUGUUUUAAUGUAUUUAUUUAUUUAUUUAUUUGGUUACCUUCCUGUUCCAAGCUUCCACUGACUGUUGCCCCCCGAGGGUUUUAUUAUCAUGUUCUGUCUUUCUUUUCUUUUUCUUCUCUUCCCUCCUCCUGACUUGGGGACCUUUUUGGGGAGGGCUGCAAGGCUUGCUUGGGGUGUUGGGGCUCUGGUGGGACAGCUGCUAUAGCUCCCUUCUGUGGGGAGCCCCUUGCCUACUUGCUGGAGUGGCUCUAGGCUCUGCUGACUGUGUACCUAAGACAGAAAGGCAGUUCCGGUGUGGUGUGCCUUCCGGAUCCUCUCUGGGGUUGUGCUUUGAGCAGCGUGUAGCCCGCUGGUUUUUCUCUGAGAGAUACUGUACAGGGGAAUAAAAGAGAUCUUAUUAUUUUUUUUUUUUAUACUUGGCAUUUUUUGAAUAAAAAAACCUUUUGUCUUAA